AGCCACUGACGGACCCCCAACUUGGCCGAUGACGCCAUGAUCCAUGUCGCAGUUGGAUCGCAGUCGCCAGGCCCCCUCAAUUAUGAGUGUCAUUGGCCGCGAGUCCUGCCUUCGGACAUAAAUACAGCUGCGAUUCGAUUUAAUCGGCAGGUGAAUAAAAAUGCCUGCACCGCCACCUCCACCACCACCUCUGCAAUUCAACUCUUCUGGCCCACCAGCAGGAGACAACAGAAAUUUGUUGCUGCAAUCUAUAAGAGCAGGCAAAACUCUGAAGAAGACUGUCACUGUGGAUAAAAGUGCGCCUGCUGUCACUGGAAGAGUGAAAGGAGAAUCGACCAGUCCUUCGUUUAGUAACAACAACAGUACAGUAAGCGGUUACUCCAGUAAUGGAGGGCCGAUGCAGCUUGGUGGUUUAUUCGCGAGUGGUAUGCCGAAGUUGAAACCCACCGGAUUGAGGGGCAACACGACAGAGAAGAACGGGCAUAAUGUAAAUAAUCCCAGUUUCCUUCAUUCGUCACCUGGAUCAUCUCACAGCAUAAAACGCGGCCCACCUCCGGUCCCGCCGCCGGCCACACAAAAACCACAAGUAUACAGUCAGAAACCGUCGCCGCCGCCUAAGAAGCUGAAUCUGACGAGUAGCGUGUCGCGGGCGCAGAGCAUGAGACUGCCUCGCUCGUCGCCGGUCCUGGUGCCGACUUCCUUGCACCAAUCGCAAGACUGUCUGAACGAGACGGCCCAGCCGACGAGGAGCCGGGUCCUCAGGCCACCCGUGGCCAGGCCGCCGUCUCCGCCGACCUCGCGAGCCAACACGAUGCCCAACACCGCGACGAGAGCUGCGCCGCCACCGCCGUCGAGGGUCACGGUCACUGCGCCGUGCAUACCGCCGCCGCCGCCUCCGCUUCCGCACCGGCCCGCGCACCAGAGACUGGCGCCGCCGCCGCCGCCGACUCCGCCCACCAGGAGCUUGUCAGUGCGUAACGGUCAGUCGACGGCGAGCCCCGUCGACCUGGAGAUACGCUUCGCCGACAUGUUUCACGCGACUCUCCCUCCGCCGGAGCCGUUCAAAGGCUUCGUCAAAGUCUACAGUAGCAGGAACGCAGCAAAGCAACAAGCUCCAGCUCCACCUCUUCAACCAUCUUCUAACACACUGCACUCGUUAAAUACUUCGUCUGGAAGUAAACAGUGGCAACACAGCGCAACCUCUUUGGCAUAUUGAAAAGCCCCUGUGUAUACUUAAAUCAUUGCUUCGCGCAAUUGAUUAUAAUAUAUAAAUAUAUAUAUAAAUAUUUAUAUAUAUAAAUAUAUAAAUAAAUAAAUAAAUAAAUAUAUAUAUAUAUAUAUAUAUAUACACAUAUNUAUAUAUACACACACAUACAAAAACUUCUCGAUGCUGCCACAAUAAAAUGUUAAACUAGGUGAGCGGGAAAGGAUGGAUCGCAAGGUAUAAACAUUAGAGAGUGUGUGAGAGAGAUAUCCUGAGUUUGUGAGCUCAGUUUUACAAUAAAAUGUUUUAGACAAUAUUUUCUGUACAGUUUAUCUUAGGAAAAAUCUAUUUAAUAUAGAUUAUACUUAUAUAAAUAUAAAUAAAUAUAUAUAUAUAAAAGGGAAAGAGCGAGAGAGAGAGAGAGAGAGAGAGAGAGUUUAGGCUUGUUAUUACCUAACAGAAAUGUCAAGGAUAUUAAAAAGUGAAAGGCACAUUUACUCCAGUUCUAAAAAAAACAGCAUACUCAUUUAAUCUUCCUAAUCACACUGUACUAUAUAUAUCUUUCUUACACUUCUAUAAAAUUAACAGGAAUCACACGCCAAAAAUCAUUAAUUCAUGACUCAUUCGUAUCGAUGUAUCAUGAUUCAUCGGGUAUUCAUAAUUGAUUAGAUGUUACAAAGGCCAAAAUGUAAAGUUGUUGUAACUUAUUUUUCAAUAUUAAUAAACAACUGCAGCAGCGAA